GUCCUCCUCUGACCGUGUGUGUGUGUGUGUGUUGGGACUGUGAAAUUCCUCUAAAAAUUGCAUUCGGAUUUGGUCCUCCCUUGUGGUGCAGCGGUAAAUGGUAAAUUGUGCACAGGUAAAUCUUCAGAAGAUAACGGGAGUCUGGGUGAUCGUAACCGACCCUGUUUUUUGGGCCCUCCUCUCCCUAUCUCGUGGAUAGAGAAGAAAGCGGUUAGUGUCUUCAUCAGCUGCCAUGUGAAAUUGCAUUUGAGAAGGAAAGCAUGUGCUUACCCUUCACCCUUCCUCACUGCUCGCUGUCGUGUGAUAGGCGAGAACUAGCUGCUGGGUGGAAAUGUUUAAAAAAAAAAAAAAAAUAGUUCAUUCGUGCAUUUAAUUCAGUGCGUUUGAAUAUUAUCGAAUAUUAAUAUUAAUACGACAAAGUGGAAAUUAGCAGUGAGUGCUACACUAUGGGUUCGUAUCAUACUCGUGAGCUAUGAAAUGGGAAAAUCAAAAAGCAGUGAUGUCAUUUUAUCCUAAAACUGAAUGUUUAAGAUGUAUAUUUUAUUUAUUUGUUCACCCACGUGAAACUUUUUAAAAAUUUUUUUACAUGUAUUUAUUUACCCACUUGUUCACUUUAUACCGUAUGCUCACUACAUAUACCGUAGUAUAACAUAAUACCGUUAUAGAGCAGAUAUCGUGCACAGUGAGUCGUGCAGACCGCAAAUGUGAGAUUCAGUCAAAGAUAAACAGUAAAUCCAGUACGUAUCGGUGGAAAUGAAAUGAACUUGCAUGUUUCAUCACGGGGUUACGCUUCCCCCGCGCCUUAAAACCAGCACCGAUCCUGUCAGGUAAGGUCUGAUUGUCUUGCAUAGUUCCUGUCAGUUGUCAGUUCAUCUACAGCUCAAGAGUGCCUCCGUUUCAGUAUGUGUUGUUCCGAUUCAUUUCAUAUAGGUUUCCUGUAGGAUUGAGGUGCAGGACCCAAUGAUUAGUGCCUAGGAACCGUGAACCCUACAGUCGUAAUCAUCGGAACAUGGUGCGGGUGAUGAUGAUGAUGAUGAUGAUGAUGUGGACUCUGCUGGGAGCUUUUAUGCCGAGUCCAGGUACACGUUCGUCCAGAACAGGUCACGUGAUGCCGCAGGUGACGGGGCCGGUGUUGCUGCAGCUCGCGCUGCUCCUGUGCGCUCUGCCCGCGCAGUAUCUCAUAACGCAGUGGACCAGCGGAACCGCCGCACAGCGCAGCCUGGCCACUCGGGGGAUCCUUGAUGCGUGGAAAAGCAUGAGGACGUCGUAUCUAAACGUGACCGUCUUGGUAGACUGGAUCACUUCUUGGAUGCCCAAAAUUCCACUGUUGGGAGUGGAGGAGGAGCUGGAGGACAUGCAUGGAGAGAUCAUGGCGCUGGAGAUUCUGAUGCGUGAUAAUGAGCACGGCUACUUUGCAGCUUCAGAGGUGCCGCGCAGCCCCAGGCCAGCGUAUGUGCUGCACCGUGUUGGAGAGGUCGUCAUAGAGACCCAGAAUCACAUGGUCGGGGUGAUCGUGGGCUGGGACGAAGGACUCCGAGCUCCUCCAGAAUGGUUAAAGAGGAAAAAAUACACAGACUCAGAGGUGGAGAGACUGAAGGACACCCCACACUACAAAAUUUUGUUCAGUGGACCAGACCCGUCCUCCCUGAUGAUUGGAUACCUGCCCCAGAAUGUACUCCAGCUGUUUGAGGGAUACAGGCUAGAAAUCCCCACUCUGGAUCAGUAUUUCUCCCACUUUAAUGGGAAAAAAUUUGUGAUGCUGGACUGGCUGAAAGAACUCUACCCUGACGACUGAGAGAGAAACGGAGACAGGACGCCCGGCGUGUCGGAUCGCGCUGAUAUGUCGACGUGUUGUGAAGGUGUGGAAGUCGUUCUGUUGGGAAUUAGCACUCGUCACUUUGCGCGCAGCUCUCGUCACUGUCGUGCCUUGGAGUCUCCUGAUGGAGUGUGGAUGUGACUUAGGCUGUGACCAUGCUUCUGCGCUUUUACAGUUAGGACUGCAAAUUCAGGGAUGAUUAACACAAAUAAAUCAAUUUCAACUAACCAUGUGAGUGAAUCAGAUGAAGGACUGGCUCACAGAGUGGCACGUUUUUAUUUUUCUAUUAUUAUUUAAUUGCCUGUGUUUAUUAAACAUACACUGGGUUUUUCAUGAAUGUAAUUCAGGUCAUUGAAGAGUUUAAAGAAUCCUCAGUAUUGUGCAAUGGAUGUCAAACAUGCUUUUAAACAGUGUUGUCAAGAAAAUAUCAUAACACUCAGUACGUUUACAUGGACAACAAUAAUCUGAUAUUAACCCGAUUAAGAUGAUACACUGAUUAAGAAACUAGCGUGUAAACAGAGAUUAUUGAUGACCUUAAUCCGAUUAAAGUCAUACUCAAAGUAAACACAAACUGAAUUAAGACGUGUGGAGUAUUCCUGUUUUAGUCACAUUAUCGACGUGUGUUACAGACAUGUGCACACCUUAAUCACACUAUUAACGUCGUGUGAGAGUUUUCACUGCAUUUUGUGACAGGACACGUACACACACGGCAGUGCUCAACCGUCUUACGGCAAACAAGAAAGCACGGCUGCGUCCCAAACCGUGUACUUGCCUACUAUAUAGUAGGAGAAAUACAUGUACCUCGGCUACUAUAUAGUAGGUAAGUACGCGGUUUGGGACGCAGCCCACGGCUUCAAGCAGUCGUCUAUUUGCACGUACAGCAUGACAAAUAAUUAACCGCACUUGAUGCUUUUAUAAAAUUAAAAAUAAAAACACCCAAAACUGUAUACGGUCCCAUAACGAAGACGAACUCUAUGUCGAUACGUGAAAUUCUGGAGGGAACGUCGGACGGCGUGGCGUGGCGACGUACUGACGUGUGCCGUUAAUCCAUCUAUGUUCUAAAACACGUAAAACGGGAACACGAAAGGAAUCUUCUAAAAGCGACUCAUGUAAACACCUUAAUCACAGUAUCGUCUUAUUCAGAAUAAGGUCGAUAAUUAGAUUACUGCUGUCCAUGUAAAUGUAGUCAGUGAAAAUGUAAUACAAACACACACCUGAGCUAAUUAAGCAUAGUUUUUUUGUCAUUUGCAUAAGUAUGCUGUAGUGUUACAGCUGCUCGAGAUGUAUGAUAUUUGCAUUAUUGAGCCUCAGAGGGUUUAGUUUUGACUCAUUUUGGGAUUAGAUGGGGAGUGAGUACUUUCAAGUUUGUACUAUCAAGAAAAGAAAGAUGUUGGAUAAAUGUGGAUAAACUAGUUCAGUAAAAUUUCUAUUGUUAAAAUCAACAAUGUCUUGUGAAAUUCAGGGCCUCUCAGCAGAUUACAUGCCUACAUGUUUGUCCAUUUUUCAGUCUCCGGUCUAAAUAAAUGAUUGAGAUUCACUUUG